GUGCGAGGCCCGCAGGAGGCCCGCGGCUGCCGCGUUCGGCGGCGCUGAGCUCUGCGCGGCGCCCGCGGGCUCCUUUCUUUGCAAAACAGAAUUCCGUGAGUGGAGUUCCCUGCGCUUGAUGCACAGCCGAGGUUGCACAGGAUGCUGUUCCCGUUGGUGGUGUGUGCAGUUGUGGUGCUGGGCAGUGGUAAAGGUCAAGAUGACGAAUGGAUUGACCCCACUGAUAUGCUCAAUUACGAUGCAGCCUCAGGAACAAUGAGAAGACCUUACAAGGCAGACUAUCAUGACUCUGAGGAUAAGACCAUGAAUACAGUCAGUACUGAACCCUUAUCAAGCUGUUCUGGAGAAGUAGAUGCCUUGCAACGGAAGGUUGCAGAGUGUGAGAAGAGGAGCGCCAGGUCACGCGAGAGCCGCAGCUUUUACAUCUUUAAGAGAUACUUGAAUAAAAUUUUAAAUGAAGCUGGAAAACUUGGCCUUCCUGAGGAAGAUGUGGGCCAGGUCCAUUAUGAUGCUGAGAUCAUCCUUACAAAACAGACCUAUUUGGAGAUCCUCAGGUUCCUCAGGGAAGAAACUUGGCAGUCAGGUGCUGUGGAUGAUGCACUUAGUGAUAUUUUGAUCAAUUUUAAGCACCAUGAUUAUAAAGCUUGGCACUGGAGAUUUGAAGACACGUUUGGAAUUGAUCUAUAUAAUAUGUUUCUGAUCCUCUUGUGCUUAGUGUGCAUUGUCAUGGUAAUAGCUACGGAGCUCUGGACGAGGAUUCACUGGUUUGUUCAGCUCAAGCGUGUGCUAUUAAUAAGCUUUCUCAUCAGUUUUGCAUGGAAUUGGCUUUACCUGUAUAAGUUGGCCUUCGCACAGCAUCAGGCAGAAAUUGCCAAAAUGGAGCAGUUUGACAACGUCUGUGCUGAGAAGUUGGACUGGAGGGGAAGUCUCAUUGAAUGGCUCAGAAGUAAAUGGACGUUUCAGGAUGAUCCCUGCCAGAAAUACUAUGAAAUUCUGCUCAUAAAUCCUGUCUUGCUGGUUCCACCCACAAAGGCAUUGGCAAUUACUUUCACCAACUUUGUAACUGAGCCUUUGAAGCACGUAGGACAAGGGAUUGGUGAAUUCAUCAAAGCACUUAUGAAGGAGAUUCCAUUUAUUCUGCAGGUUCCAGUGCUAAUUAUGAUGGCUCUGGGUGUCCUGGCUUUCUGCUAUGGUGCAGGAUCAUCAGUGUCUGUGUUGAGAUACUUAACAUCUUAUCAGAAGAAAACUCUUCCUCCACCAGACAGUCCACGGGAGAAAAUAGACUUUGGGCACUAUGACAGCAGUAAACCAGAGACCUACUAUUUACAGACACCUCCUCACCUUUACAGAGGCCCUCGUGAUAGAGGAGACGUUCCCGUGAGACCAGGAAACGGCAGCAGAAGCCGUGAGAUAGUGUAUCCCUGCGAUCAGCCAGAUGCGCAAGUAGAAGAGUCUCACAAAGCAGACCCUGCUAAUAGAUUGCACACCGAGUCCACAGCUGCUAGACUAGAAACUCUGACAGCUGAAAGCCUUCCUGAAGAUGUACUCAAGCAGCAGAAACAAGAGAUGGGUAAAGCCGAGCCAGGGGCUGCAGAAAGUAGUGAUCUGAAUCAAAACCUGGAGGGCAGAAGCCCUGCAGUGGAACCAGGGGAGAAGAAGAUGACAAGCCACUCACAUGACUCACAGGAGGGAGACUAAGGAAGCCCCAGCUCUGUGGUGGAGUUGAGGACGUUGCCACUGAAGCAGCUGAGAAUCUGUUCUUCUCCUGGAAGUAGCAUCUCUGAUCAUCCAUCCUGUUACUCUGGAAUCGACUCAGCAGAUCAAAGAAGCCUUCAUCUGCCAUUGCCUCCCGACUGUUUUUCUGAAGAGAAGAGUUAGGGGUACUUAAAACUCAAGAGUACCUGAAAGCAGGACAAGUGCAUCCCAGCUCCAUUCCAGUAGCAGGUUUGAUAUUUGCAUAUCUUAAAUCCAUUCAGUGAAUUGUUUUAAUCAUCCAUUUAUACAGAGGUAAGAGGGGAGCUAAUAACACGGGAAGCAGUUGCAGAGGGAAAGUGCAUUAGAAACGUUUCAUUGUCUGAAACGGUUCUCCAACCACUCCGCCUGGAGUUACUCCUCAGCCAUGAAUCCAACAGAUGCCCAUGAAAGAGUGAAACAAGAGCAGUAAUGAAGAGUUGUCUUCUCAGGUCUUAGGUCAAAAGCACUGAUCGCUCACCCAGAUCAAGUGGCUAAGUUCUUUUAUUCUUACCUGACUUCUGGCAGCAGUGUCAACAGCCUAAAAAGUACUUGUCAAAAAUACGUCUUGCUGCCUGAAUCAGAAAACCUAGAUUUGGUUAAGCUUGGAGAAAUAGGGUCCAGAAGAGAUGACAAGUAAAGUACAUGCACAAGCUGAGCUGUGAUUUUAAGAAAAUCCACCAGAAAGACGAGUUCCAAGAGCAGGACAAGGUUAAAGCUGGCAGCACCCCACAGAGCUGGAGGCAGAUCCUGCACCACUGAACUGAACCAGGGCCCUGAACUGAACCAAUGCAACGCGGUCCCCGGCACUGGCCACGCUCUCUGCGCUGCUCACACCGAGGGCAGGAUGGGCCCUCACCUCGCCAGACCUACCCUCUGGGAGCCUGGAAGUCGGUGGUCAAUAGAAUUACUGGCAUCCUGCAAAACUUUGGAAGCGGGGCCGUUUUUGUACUUUUUGCCUUUUAGUCGAUUUACAAAAUGCAGUUUUGCUGAAGGUUUGGCAACCAGUGGUUUCUGCUUAGCAAGAAUUUCACUGUUCCAGUUCUGAACCUAAGAAAACAAGAGUCAUUAAAUUAAGCCUUCUGAUUUUCAGUACCUGGACUCUUACCUCUUGCUGCUUACUGCUGCUUUUUCCUCCCCAAAAUGAAGCAGCUAUAUGUUACUUAGUUAAUCCAGCCCCAAGCAUGUGAAACCUCAGGGUUUGGGUCUAUUCCUUGACCUGCGAUUAGUGAGCUCGUGUUCCCUGAAGCAGGUUAGUGCUGUUACUGCUCAGUCUUCCACCUCAACUGUAAUGCAACACCUGAUUGAUUAAAAUACGGUCAAAUAGUACAGUUCACCAAACAGGCUGCAGUUUUCCUUGCUGACUGCAGGGCAGGAAAUGCAGUUACUGUGGAUACUGACAUGCAGACAGAGCUGCCAUCCCCCCCUGACAGCACUGUUGUGGGAAAGACAGUUUUACAAAGUCUUGAAGCAGAAAAAACCCAGACACUCAAGCAGCUUUCUGUGAACUCCUGGAUAAACACACAAUUCCUAGGAAAGACUGAAAAGGAAGAGAGAAGAAUGCCAGCGCAAAAGCAAACAGGAACCACCUCCUCUUUUCACUGCUGCCAGAAGGGAAAGCUUCAUCAACUUGGCACAUGUUCCACAACUUCUCUUCUAAAAUCACACAGUCAACAAAAUGGACAGCUUUAUCUACAUCUGACAAACUCAUUCUAGUAACUGAAGAAACCCUCUUUUUUAGUUAAUUGAACAUGAGAAAGGGUGAAGAUGGUCACAAGUCUUUCUGGAACGCUGCCUGGCAGAUGGAUUCCUUUCAAAGGCUCCAAGGUGAGCACACAGAUUCCAGCUCCAAGCAGGUGGCAUCCUGUGCCAUCACCCCUAAAGCCCCUGUCAUCACUGUUUUAUAGGGGAAAGAUACUGAUGGAAUGAAUUUUCAGCAUCUCCUACGUAUCUGGAAUAAAGCCCUUUGUAAGAGCUAAGCUGCAAUAGUAGGUUAAUGCUUUAUUACAAAUAUCCACAUGAAACAUUUCAGUGUAUUUAGGACACGGACUAUCCCAAGCUAUGUCUUUUAAAAGACAUCAGAUAGAUUCAGGGAGUAAGAACACACAUCUGCUACUGACGACUUAGAGGUUCCUGCAGAGGAAUCACCCUGGACUGAACCCCAGAUCUUUCUUUUCAAAUCUGUAGGCAAAGGGGCAUCAAUGCUGCCUUUAGCUGUACCUGCUCUCCAGAUGGAGGCUUUGAGAUUUCAUUUCCUAUCUGAUAAACAGAAGGGCAGGCUGUGCAUCAUAGGAAGAGAGGGGAAAACUGGAUAUCCUAGGAGGGAGGGAAGGAAAACAGCAAUUUCAGUCUGCCCCUGGAGGCAUCACUGUAGACCUGCCAGCCCAAAGGCAGACAGAAUCUGAUGGAAAUCUCUCUAAGAUUGAUACAAGGACUUGAAUCAGGAACUCCCAGCUCUAAGAGGCUGCUCUGAACUUGAGGGGAAGUUACUUUACCCAUCUAUGCUUUAGCAUUUUGGCAUGGCACCUUUACCAUGUUGAACCCCUCAGGCCUUGCCAGUAGGUUGAAAUCCCAGAGCAAAAAAUCAUGGUUUUUCAGUGCCCAUAAAAUGACUGCAACCAGAGGACAUGUUCAGAACAGCUGAACCUAAAGCUUAGCAGUUUCACUCUGCAUCACUUUUGUGCUGCACCCUCAAACCACAUUUAAGGAGGAGACAAAAGGCAUCUCUUUGAUGCAUGCUCCAUGACCCCAUUCUCCCUUCCAGGGGAGGGGAGUAAGGUAAGCUUGCCACAGCCCUCACACCCACUACAGCUGUCAGACCCUGACUGUGACCUAUGUGCCCAAACUACUGUUAGAAUGCUGACAGCUGCUUUUAUCCUACUCUUAACAGACUCCUUAAAUAAAAAUAGGGAUGCAAAUCACACAUCAACCUGCUGAGCUUUUUAAAAGUUAUUGAGUACAGAACUUCUGACUAUUCAUAACUGCUGAAGUUGAAGCCUUAGAAACAUGCCAUUGCAACCUCACUCCCAGAAUAGAAAAAGCGAAGUGCCAACCUUUUCUGGUGUUAAUUUCAUGAGUUCCAUGUUCUCCAUGCUGUGUCGGCGUCCUACUCUCGGUCUGGUACCUUCAAGAAAGAUCAAGUUCAUCUUAUUAUGAUGUAUGAUGUCACUUUCAAAGCUGUGGCUGCAUCAUCUAAUGUCCAAGCCACAGCAAUUCUGAGUUCCCAAAUGGUGCACUUCAAUCUAUCAGCAGAGAAUGAACAUCCCCUAGUAAAAGCAGCCUUCAAAACCACACUGAUGUAAGCUACUUAAAUUGCUUCCAUGGGACACAAGAGAAGGCCCAUCAAAUGAACCGAAUUCUACUAGACACCCCCGAGUCACUAAGAUGGUAGGAAUGAAAAAAAAAGGAAAGGCAAGUUAACAGCAAACAGACAAAUCUCCCACAGUAAAAUGAACAAAAAAAGAGGAGACACCCCAUUAGAAACACUGUGCGAAGAAGCUCCUCAGUAACCUGUGAUUCACAAUGCAAAUUCUCCAGAAAAGGAGGAGCUGAAGGGGUCUGGUACUACAAAAAUCACCUUUGCUGGUUGGGGGAAAAAGCCUGCAUAACCAUCUGUAGUCAGAAAACAGAUUCUUUUUGAAGUUCACUGUUAACAAGUAUUGCAGAAAUAGGCACGUACCAUUCCAACUGGUAUCUGCCACGUGGCUUUCUGCCAUCAUGGAGUUGUUUGUGCUGUAGCUUAAUCCAAGAACCAUUUGAAGAUCUGAGAGAUUAAGUCUAGCAGUGAGUUCCCCACUUCUGUCCCCUACCUGUAACCAAAUAAAAUAAGCAGUUCUGUUACUGUAACGAAGUACACAGAAUUGUAAACAUAAGGCAAACCUUGUCCCCUAGCUUUCAGAAAGAAAAAGGCUCAAAAAGUUUUCCUGGUUGAAAACCACAAGAAUAAUCUUUUUAAUCAAGUGCAUUGCAACUAAAAGGUACAAAGUAGAGCCCAAGAUAACCUCUGCUGAGCUAUUAACUUGGGCUCCAUGGUGACACUGCCGGAGGUGGCACAGGAAUAAGGAGCAAGUUGCAGCAAGACAUGGCUGAAAUCAGUUGGAAUCAACUCAAAGUCCAUGCCAGUAUUCAUACCACACACAGGGACACACCUCUGUCACAGCACUGUUUAAGGCAGAACAAAAAUCCACAGCCAUACAGGGAGUGUGAAAACCAUACCUCUCUGGAGAUCUCCAAGUGCCUUUCUGCAAAAUGCAUCGCUUGGUCGUGAUUCCCCAGAGCUGUGUAUGCAUUCCCUAAACUCCAGCAUGCUCUUCCUUCACCAAUUCUGAAACAAAUGAACAGCUUUUCAGUUGAACCCUGGCUGAACAAGGGUCAGGGUUUCACUGCUGUGCCACAGGAAGGUCGCUGGGCCAAGAGAAAUGAAGGUCAUCCUCAGAAACAAUUCCAACACUGACACGUCAAGUAUUGUAUUCAGAGGAAUUCACAGAAUAGGGAUAACCAUCAGCAGGAGCAAAGCUAAUUUAAAAAAAAAUCAUUUUUAAGCUCAGCAAACACAAGACCCCUCAGCACUGCAAGCAUGGAACAUUCGAUAACCACCACAGCUUCCCCUCAGAUCGCAUGCCUUACUGCUCUUCAUAUACCCAGCUCAUUGAGUUAGAAGAAGUGCACUUAAAACUUGUAAAAAAUGUUAGUUGUACCCAAUGUCAUUAAAAAAGGUUAUAAAAUAA